GAACGAGAAGUUGACGGGUCAGUCUGGCGAAUGAGUGAGAUUGAGUGACACGCGCGGCAACAAAACUCACCAGGCACAAGUUUUUUUUUUUGGAUAGACAUUAUCCUUACACUACUCGUUCUUGUACCCGCGACUCUCACCCUCUCCCACAAUGUCUGCCCUCCCCAGUGACGCGCCCGCGCCCCGCCACUGCAUCAUCGUAAAGUGGCCGGAUUUCGAGGGCUAUGGCUUUAACCUGCAUGCUGAAAAGUCUAAACCUGGCCAGUACAUCGGCAAGGUGGACGAAAACUCUCCAGCUGAGAAGGCUGGACUCUUGGAGGACGACCGCAUCAUCGAAGUGAACGGCGUCAACAUUGCCAACGAGAACCACAAGCAGGUUGUGAAGAGGAUCAAGGCAGUACCCAACGAAACUCGCCUGCUGGUGGUGGAUCCUGCUGCCGACAAGUACUACAAGGACAGGAACAUUGUAGUCCGUGGAUCACAGGCCAAUGUGAUUACAUACAGUUCUGUCCGGGAGGAAAAGGCGCCGCCCACCCCAGAACCCCAGACCCAAGCCCAGCCGACUAGUGUUUCCAACGGCCACCACGAGGAGAUCGACAACCGUUCCGUCAGUUCUGCAGCGUCGUCAUCAGCUGCCAGUGAGACUUCCACCCAGCCGCAGCACGUGGCGGCCCUUGCCGAGGCUGAUAAGGACUCCACAGUGGAAGAGGUUGCAUCUAGCGAAACAAUGGAGAAAGAAAAGAUCGAAUCCCCUUCGCUUCUGCUCGCUGAGGAAGCCGAGAACACUUCAGAUGAUGUUUUGACUCCUAUAGAGGAUGCAGCUUCGCUGAGUGGCAGCGACAGAGUCUCAGAAAAUGACAUGAUUGUACCAGGAGAGGAGUCAUUGCCCGAACCGAGUGAGGCAGACUCUCCUCAACUCGAAGAGCCUCUGGAGGGACGGGAACAAACCCACCCCGAGACUGACGGUUCCCAAGAGGAAGAGGUGCAGCAGCAAAUGGAGGAGGAAGAAAAAGAAGAGAAGGAGGAAGAGAAGGAAAAGGAAGAGGAUGAGAUAAAGGUCGAGGCUACUCCCGAACAGGAGUCUGACCUCGAAGCAGAGUACGACAACGUGGAGAUAGAUGCUGGACGUGCCGAAGUAGUCGCUUCUCAGGCAACUUCUGAUUCGCACUGUCUUUCUGCUUCCUCGGGGGAGUCACACUCCUCACACGGCUCCGACAUCACCCGCACUGACCCUCCUACUCAGAGUCCCAUGAGCACUUCCCCUACGCCGCCACCCUCACUGGAGUCUGUCCCCGAGCCCGUGCGCAGUUCUCCUCAAGCAACCCUCAACAACACUGCCGCAGCCAACACCACAACUACCAAAACUAGCACCACCAACAAUGCCAGUCCGAAGUCUCAGCCAGUGUCCAACAACAACACUUAUAACUCCAGUGGCCUUAACCUCAACAUGUCUGCGGCGGAGAUGAGAGCAAUGCUGGCUCGCAAAAAGAAGGCUGACCCUCGGAAGGAGACGGUCGAUCUCAAGACGAAGUACGAGAUCAUCCAGAACAUGUGAAGAGCUGGACGGGGGCAUAGCAGGCGUCCUUGUCACACCAGACUUGUGGACACGCCGAAUUGCCACUUAUGUGGUUCAUGGUUCUUUUUCACACUUAAUCUUUCUUUCCUGUGAUUUAUGAUGAUUGUACAUGUGGUGAAGACUAGUAAAUAAUCAUGUAUAUAUUAGUAAAAUGUAUAACUUUGAACUUCUGGUAUAUGUGAGGUGAGUACUUUGAACUUCUGGUAUAUGUGAGGCGAGUCCUUUGCCAGGAUUAGAUUGAGGUCUGUGAAACAGGGAACAGGGAAAAUAAUUCUCGAUUCAGAGUAAUAGAAUGAAUUUCAAGCAGAUUUCCAUACAAGCUGAGGCCACUAUUGUUUUUCAUGUCAUGUAAAAUAUGUACCAUCACGUAACCACAGAUGCCUCUAGACACAGCAAUUCGUCUUUAUGGGUCUUGAUUAGAGGCCAUUCUGAUGCCACGCCACGAGCACAGGUCUAGAAAUGUAAGCAGCAUGGAGGGUGAGCUGUAAUAGAGGCUUAGCUGCCUCGUCCGUUACUGUACACUAUGGGGCAAGUGAUGCAACGAAACCAACUUGCGCUGGCGAUGUAAAAUGUGAAUUAAUGGUAUUAUAAGCUUACAUUAAUAACUUGUUUGUAUUGAAGACAUAAACACCUGAUUUUAAGUUUGAUUAUAGUAAGAUCAUUUAUUCUUCUAAUCGAUGUAAAAUGUGAAUUAAUGGUAUUAUAAGCUUACAUUAAUAACUUGUUUGUAUUGAAGACAUAAACACCUGAUUUUAAGUUUGAUUAUAUAGUAAGAUCAUUUAUUCUUUUAAUUCAUACCAUGUGCCGAAGCAUAGACUUAGGGAAUUGAUGGAGCAGCUGCUGCCACCCACUCAUAACUUAACGUUCUUUGUCCUGAUCGCCUCUGGCACAACGAUGAUGGCAUGAUGUUCAGAAUAUUGAUGCCUCCUUGAGCACUUAGGGAUAUAUUCUUUUUAGACUGAUAGGUUACACUAUCUACACAGUGCCCCAAUCUACUGAAGGAAUGACGUGAAGACCUUUCUGACUCUGCUUCGUUCACCGAGCAUGAAGGUUCGUCAAUAAUUGCGUCACUAAUCAGUAGUACCAGAAGGCAGUGCGGUGAGGUGACGCCCAGGUCAGUGCAGCACCUUACUGAGGAACACUACAUAGGUCUCCCAUGUAGGUAGCUUUUCAAUGUGUUGUGGUUUGAUUUCUUACCUGGUGUACCUCUCUGCAUAUAACCGAUAGGUGUGUGUACGAUCAUUUUUGUGCUUACCAGUGCAUUCUAUGUUGUCCCUGUUCAUUGUGAUACGUAACCAGUAUAUAUUCAAUAAACUGUAAGCAUG